CGGAUCGCGGGUCAGCUCCACGCCGGCCGGGCGCGCCCACCAGUCCCGCCGGGCGCCCGCGGGACGCGCCGCCCGGGCCCUCUCCGCCAGGGGCUCGGCUGUCGCCCACCUCUUCCAAUUUUAACCAUUACCUAAAUCCGAAGGGAAAUGAGCAAACCUCUCGGAUUGGGUGUCAAGAUCUCUGCCAGGCCGAGGCUGAACAAGCGCUCCAAGUGACCGCGGGGGGACAGCGGCUCUCAGGAACCAUUGGAGCAGAGUGGGGAAGGCCGCGGGCCACCAUGCCGCGCUCUUUCCUCGUCAAGAGCAAGAAGGCUCACAGCUACCACCAGCCGCGCUCCCCGGGGCCAGACUACUCCCUGCGUUUAGAGAAUGCACCGGCGCCCGGCCAAGCAGACAGCACUUCCAGUGCAGGCGAGCCAAAAGCGGAGCCCCGAGACCGUUUGUCUCCUGAGUGUCAGUUGACCGAGGCCCCCGACAGAGCCUCCGCGUCCCCAGACAGCUGCGGCGGCAGCGUCUGCGACCCCAGCUCCGAGUUCGAGGACUUCUGGAGGCCGCCUUCGCCCUCUGCGUCUCCAGCCUCAGAGAAGUCCCUGUGUCCGUCUCUGGACGAAGCCCAGCCCUUCCCCCUGCCCUUCAAGCCCUACUCCUGGAGCGGCCUGGCGGGUUCCGACCUUCGACACCUGGUGCAGAGUUACCGGCCGUGCGCGGCCCUGGAGCGCAGCGCGGGCCUGGGCCUCUUCUGCGAGCGCACCCCGGAGCCUGGCCACCCAGCCGCGCUCUACGGCCCGGAGCGGGCUGCAGGCGGCGCUGGGGCCAGGACCCCGGGGAGCGGUAGUGCCGUGGGCGCCGGCAGCGGCGCGGGCCUGGGGCUCUACAGCGACUUCGGGCCUGCAGCAGCUGGGCUGUAUGAGCGGCCGCCUACAGCGGGCCGGCUGUUCCCAGAGCGCGGCCACGAACUACACGGGGACAAGGGCACUGGCGUCAAGGUGGAGUCCGAGCUGCUCUGCACCCGCCUGUUGCUGGGCGGCGGCUCCUACAAGUGCAUCAAGUGUAGCAAGGUGUUCUCCACGCCGCACGGGCUCGAGGUGCACGUGCGCAGGUCCCACAGCGGCACGAGACCCUUUGCCUGCGAGAUGUGUGGCAAGACCUUCGGGCACGCAGUGAGCCUGGAGCAGCACAAAGCCGUGCACUCACAGGAACGCAGCUUUGACUGUAAGAUCUGUGGCAAGAGCUUCAAGAGGUCAUCCACACUGUCCACACACCUGCUCAUCCACUCAGACACUCGGCCCUACCCCUGUCAGUACUGUGGCAAGAGGUUCCACCAGAAGUCAGACAUGAAGAAACACACCUUCAUCCACACAGGUGAGAAGCCCCACAAGUGCCAGGUGUGUGGCAAGGCAUUCAGCCAGAGCUCCAACCUCAUUACGCACAGCCGUAAACACACAGGCUUCAAGCCCUUUGGCUGUGACUUGUGUGGUAAGGGUUUCCAGAGGAAGGUGGAUCUCCGGAGGCACCGGGAGACACAGCAUGGGCUCAAAUGAGCGCCUUAGCUGGCUGCAAACAGCAGUGAUACAACACUACAGAGGCAGCUUCCACUUGCUUCCAGCCCAUUCGGACUUCUCAGGGCCCCACUCCAGUCUGCAGAUCCCACCAGAGUGAUUCCCCUUCACCUUACUUCCUGGAGCUGCCAGAGGGACUGAGGUACUUGUCAGAGUUCUUCCUAGAGUGGGAACCACAGCAAGUUACUCAGCUUUAACCUCCUCUACAAGAUGUAAAGUCAAAUGGGGAUAAGAUAAAAGCUUGGCCCACAGUUCUCCCCAUUUCCAUCCUUUUCCCUAGGCAGAAGUCCUUCAGGUGUCUUUCCUCUUCCUGAAUUCCCCAGAUAACUAUGGAAGAAGAGGAUUCACCAUUUACAAAUGGACACAUGUUAAUGCUUCUUUCUAUCUAGACUGUGCUUAAUGCUGCUUCUUCUGGGAACUCUGUAAACCCCUUUCUGUUGGCCACUGUCUGUAAUGUAAAUCUUGGGGGAAUCAUUUCUCCUCCUUGAAGACUGCUUCAGAAACUGAUUUGGGGAAGGAGCUUUAUUCUUUCAAAAUCACCAGAUGCACCAUUUCACUCACCCCAGGAAGAAGCAAAAAAGUGGACUUGGUGCUAAGAGGGGAUUUGAGGUCCUCUUGGCAAGAGGCCUAUUAAGGCCUCAUCAGAAGAGGUUAAAAAAAAAAAAUAUAUAUAUAUAUGGAACAAUGCCUGUGGACAGGCAUUCAUUCGCUCUGAAACUGUUUAUUGACCACUGCUACCAAGGUCCUAGGCAUCACACUAGGUAGUGGGGAGCCAGAGAUUGAAGUCGCAGCCUCUGCCUCUACCUCUGCCUCUCAAAAGCUAACGGUUGCACCUCAAAUGAUUGGCAUCUGUUCUUGUCCUCCAGUGGAUUUCUGAGAAGACAAUUCAGAAUCUCAAACCUUCCCUUUCAACCCUUUCAGAUUUUAUACAGUGUAAACAAAAAAGUAACUGCAGAGUUACUUCAAAGUUUUUAUUGUUAACUUGAUAUUUUUAAGAUCUCUGAAUGGUAGGCAUGUGUCAGGGACGGAGGCUCUGUCUUUAACUCUUCAGCCUUCUGUGUGUACUAUAUAAGGGGAAAAGAUAUUUUUACUUUGAUGAGGUUUGUACAUGUUUUUAGAUUUCUGGAGUGUGUUAUGUUUGUUAAUACAUAUUUAUUCGAGUGAUGUUUAAGUUAAUAAAGUAUUAAGAUCAUUA